CCCCUCCACCUUGGAAUUCCCCUCUACAGGAGAAUCACCGCCUGCCAUGUCCCUGAAGCUCACCUCGUCGUGCGCCCAGCUGCCUUUGCAGUCGCUGUAUCGCCAUGCUGCUCGACGGGCUCCAAGACGUUGCGUGGGUGCGCCGAAGCCCUUUGCGCAACCUUCCCGGUCCUUCUUUUGGAACAGCAAAAAGGGCCCCGCCGCAGCCUCACCCACCUCAACCACCGCAACCGCAACCCCAACGACACCCACCUUCGAGAAGCAGCAGCAACAGCCUCAAGAGUUGCCGCAACAUCAGGAACCCCUCGUACAAGAUGCACCGAGCGUUGGACAGCUGGACGGGAAGCCGGCGAAGCACGUUGCGGUGAACAUUGACGGCGCGUCCCGCGUCUUCGACACCGUCUUCCUCCGCGACAGUUGCGCCUGUCCUCGCUGCGUCGACCCCCACAGCAGACAGAAGCUGUUCCAGACAUCCGACAUCCCCGCCAACCUCGAGGCCUCGUGCCGGACCGUGGAAGAUGCAGACAAGGGUGUCAUGGUCGAGGUGGAGUGGCACAACGACGUGCCUGGCUAUGGCCCUGAACACCGCACACGGCACUCGAUCGACUGGCUGCGGCGGGCACUCAACACCGAGGUCGAACUCCGGAGCGGCGUAAGGCACGACGAGCGGGUGCUCUGGGACAGGCAGAGAAUCACGAAGGACAACAAGUGGGUCGACUACAACGAGUACAUGUCGCAGGACGAGGCCCUCUUCUCCGCCCUCCUCCACCUCCACCGGUACGGCCUCCUCUUCCUGCGCAACGUGCCCGAAUCCGAAGAAUCCGUCGUCCAAAUCGCCAGCCGCAUCGGCAACCUCAAGGAUACCCUCUACGGCCGCACCUGGGACGUCAAGUCGAAACCCCACGCUGAGAACAUCGCCUACACGCAGCAAUUCCUGGGCCUACACAUGGACCUCCUCUACACCUCCAACCCUCCCCACCUGCAACUCCUACACUCCCUCCGCGCCCGCGCCCCCCGCGGUGAAUCCUUCUUCAGCGACUCCUUCCACGCCGCCCACCAGCUGCACGCCCGCUCGCCCUUCCACUUCCGCACCCUCUGCACCUUCCCCGUCACCUACCACUACCACCACCCGCCAAACCACCACUACCACUUCACCCGCCCCACCAUCGAGCUGCACCCCUACCCAAAGUACAGCGAGCCAUCCAACCUCGCCAUCCGCAACGUCAACUGGUCCCCGCCCUUCCAGGCCCCCUUCGAGGCCCGCAUCGGCGGCGAGAACCACGCCGCCCUGCGCAACUACCUCGCCGCCGCCCGCGCCUUCGAGAAGCUGCUGUCGGCAGAGGAGAAUCUGUACGAGUACCGGCUCGAGGAGGGCGAGUGCGUCGUCUUUGAUAAUAGGCGGGUGCUGCAUGCUAGAAGGGCGUUUGAUGCGGCCAAGGGGGAGAGGUGGCUCAAGGGCGCGUAUGUCGAUGAUGAUGUCUUCUUCUCGCGCUUGAGGGUCUUGCAGGAGAGGUUCGAGGGGCGCUGGGAGGCCGAGGGGGUCGUGAGGGAGGUGGUGCGGUAGUGAAGCAGUGCUAGAUAGAGAAUGAAUGAUACCAUG